AGAAACAGUCUAGUUUCCAACAAUUCAUUUUAUUUUCAUCUUUCCACAUAGCAUACACGUUUUGAGAAUUGCUCAAAAAAAAAUAAUAAAUAAUAUUAACUAUAUAUAUUAAGAAAAAAAAAACAAACACCAUGCCAAACUUUAAUGGAGCUAUAAUAGUCCAUACACUUCAGUUGAUCAACUCGCCGGCUACACUGCGAGAAAUCGUGGUGACCAUUGCCAAGCAUACGCAACUGCCGCAGGACGAACUGAAGAUGCCAGUGAAGCAGACCGUUGAAAUGGGUCAUCGUUUGGGAUUUCUACAGAAAUUAAAUGGUCGCUAUUAUCUGGCCCCAAUGACCUUCCAGACCCUUAAUAAAGAAGUCCAGGCUCUGACGUUAGAGGAAGAGGUCAAGAAACCCAAGCCGUCCAAGGCCGAGAAGAAGGCCAAGGCAACUGUAGUGGAGAACAAGCCUAGCAAGAAAUCGGUCAAGAAGCUGGAAGAAUCCAAAAGUCAAGUCAGUGAGACCGAGAGACCCACCGCAGUCUCUCCACGUUUCAAGAACGUAGUUAGGGGAAUUCCCCCGUUGGGUUUGUCGCCCGCCAUGACCCCCAGGUCAAAGCGUUUCCAGUAGCUAUAGAAUAUCGUAUAAGACCUUUGCUACGAUUUCUGUGAUUUUCAGCUAAGAGCUUUAAGCCAAGCUAGUAUCUCUAAAAAUUUACUGUUUUGUUGUCCAGGAAGUGCCUUAUUUUACCAACAAUUCUUUUUUUUUAACCAAAAUAAAUAGUUAAAAUUAACAGUCAAAUCUGAAAAA